ACUCUUUGUCUUACUUCAUCUCGUGGAAGUGUGUUGUGGCAGCACGUGAGAACGUGCAGGAUGCUGACGUCAUCAAUUGGAAUAAUCGUGAUUACAGGACUUGCCAUAGUCUGUGACGCCACCGUCGAGUGCGACUUCAACGACGGCAAACUGUGUCAGGGCUGGAAACAGGGCAUCGACAACAUCAUCGACGAAUUCGACUGGUCAGUUGGAUUCAGCCGAGGUCAACUGUCUGACUCCGACUCCAACUCCACAAACAUAACGCAAAUCGGGGACUAUUUCUUCUACAUGGCCACAACUGACCGGUCGCCCAAUCACAGAGCAGUAUUUGCAACCCCUGUCAUGACGUCACCAGACGGUCACGUGAACAUCACGUUCCUCUACUGUAUGUUCGGGGACCACACCCAAAGCCUUAGUGUCUUCAUCAAAGAUAUGUCUUUAGUCUCGUACGAGUCCGAGAUUUGGUCACGUGACGGGAAGGAUGCGGACGUAUGGACAUCAGUCACUGAACACGCAAAUGUUACAGGUCCUUUCAGGGUGAUCUUCCAGGGGAAGGUGGGGAAGGGAUCAGCAGCCAUUGCCGUGGAUGACAUCCUCAUAAACGAUGCAGAUGUCCUGACGGAUGGAAAGACGGCACCAGCUCCACCGUCCUUGGGAAAUACAAAUUUAACGACAUCAACGACACUGACAACAUCUGUCGGGCACGACGGCGUCACAAGAACGACACAGACCAUCACAGCUGAUCCGGGCAUAUUUGAUCUAGAAACAAUCCCACUGAUCAUUGCGGCUUCCGGUGGGGUGAUAUUUUGGAUAGGAGUCCUGUUGUUAAUCACAUUUUUCACGUGCAGGAAAUCACGGAAAUCGAAAAACAGAGUAUUGCAUGAAAAUGAUAAUGUCAAUAAAAAACUACAAACGAUGAACAGUAAAGACAAUGCCCUUGAGGUGAAGUAUGCUCCGAAACAAUCGCAGGAAAUAAAGAUCUACAAGGUAUCAGACCAAGUAACACCAGAUGACUACAAAUCGCCAGACCAGAUCUACAUGGAGAACUACCUGGCUCCACACCCGGUCUGCAGGAGCUACAGACCACCAGACCAGCUCUGUGUAGAGAAGGAUCUGCCAGUGUAUAACAACCAGAUACCUUGUGUGUUUAACUAUGACGCCCUUACCUCUGAUCCCGACACGUCACAGCCACGAUACGCCCAGUGUUCCCCCAUCCACGACUACGCUACUAUAUCAUGACCAGGACAAUACCGUCAUUUGCUGCUAAUACAAACCCUAAUACAAACCCCGUUAAUCCAGACUGUCCCGUUCUCAGUGAACAGGAUUGACAAAUUUCUAGAUAAAAGAACCAUGUGGUAAUAUUUAAAAAAAAACAUAUUUGUCAUUUGUAGAGUGCCCGUUUCAAGUCAGUGAUAUGCCCUUGAGAAGGAACAGCGCUGACAUGUGAUUCGGUGGUAUGCCUGUCUAAUGAAGUCUUAAGCUGAGUCAUAAAGGAAGAUAGAUUCGGAGACAGCCUGGAGGCUUGUAUGACAAUAAUGUUGCAGCUUUGGCAAAGGCUCCAUCCCCAAAGAUGCUGAUGUGUGAUUUGGGCACAGACUACAUACGCUGAGUAGCUGAUCUUAGAGACCGGGACAGAAUGGGCUCUUUUACGAGCUGGCUGAUUUAUUUGGGUGCUAUUCUAAGCUGUGCUUUGAAUACAAGGGCCAUUCAAAGCCCCUUGGUAGUAUUUUAGAUAUGGUUUUGAUAAAUAUGGUGUCGUUUCAGUAUUUAAUACAAGUCGUCCGGAAACCUGAGUUUCCUUAUCAAAGAGGUCCGGAGUACCGGGGUUUCACUGUAUGAUAUUGUACAACACGGUUGGUGGGUGGGACCAUUACCGCGAGACCUUCAAUAUUUUGAUUAUUGAUUAAAGCGUCGUAAAAUCGUCAUUUGAAAAGAGACGAGAGACUACCAUACUAAUGCUCUUCUAAAGUGCCUAUAUUCGAUAUCCUAAUAGAAACUAAUAUUACCUGUUUAUUUAUAUCGCCUAUGGUGUGCUUUGUGUAAUAACUACAUAGUUACAUACAUAACUCUGGUUGACGGACGCGUUGGAAGAGAACUGCCGAGUGACGUGUUUCAGAAACUGUUUGAAAUGUGCACCCGGAAGAAGUGUCACCAUGCAUUCUGUAUUUUCACAUAUCCCGAACUUCCAUUUGUCUUUUAGAAAUAUUUACAUAUCACGUUGAUUUAAUAUAUAGGAUACCACAAAUAACUGCUGACAACUUGGUACAAGAACAGUGCGUGUAAGAAUUUCUCCUGGUGGUCGCAAGUACUUGGUCGCAUGGAAUGUUUGUUUGUUUGUUUAACGCCGUUAGUCAGGUGCCGUUAGUCGCCUUUUACGUUCAUUCGUUCGUUCGUUCGUGUGUUGUUUAACACCGCACUCAGCAAUAUUCCAGCUAUAUGA